AUGUCUGGAGAAGCCCCCGUCGAUGACUCUCAACAUGAGCACACCUUCGAUUCUGCCGAUGCUGGUGCAUCCACCACCUACCCCAUGCAAUGUUCUGCCUUGAGAAAGAACGGUUUCGUCUGCAUCAAGAACCGCCCUUGCAAGAUCGUCGACAUGUCUACCUCCAAGACUGGUAAGCACGGUCACGCUAAGGUCCAUCUCAUCGCCAUCGAUAUCUUCACCUCAAAGAAGCUCGAAGAACUCUGCCCAUCCACCCACAACAUGGAUGUCCCUAACGUUUCCCGUAUCGAAUACCAAUUGCUCGAUAUCACUGAUGAUGAUUUCCUCUCCUUGAUGUCCGAAGGUGGUGAUCUUAAGGAUGAUGUUAAGUUGCCAGACGGAGAGGUUGGACUGAAGAUUCGUGCUCUUUUCGACUCCGACAAGGAAACUAAUGUCAUUGUUCUCACUGCCAUGGGUGAGCAACUCGCUAUCGAUGGAAAGGAGGCACCAAAAACUGGUUAA